AUGGUGUUGGUCAAAAAGCAGAUUGGUACAACUAAGUUCAAUCGUGGUGCUCUACUUAAUUCUGGGUUUCUCGAGGUUUCCAGGUUUCAGGAAUACGACUGUUUUGUUUUGCAUGAUGUGGACAAAUUACCUGAAGAUGAUCGACUCACGUACACAUGCAAAUCUCAUCCACUACAUUUUUCAUCUGCACUUCGUAGUACUGGCUACAAAUUGCUAUAUUCCGGAUUUUUCGGCGGCGUUGUAGCUUUCACUCGAGAGCAGUUUCGUAAAGUGAACGGAUUUUCAAAUUUGUAUGAAGGGUGGGGUGGUGAAGAUGAUGACCUGCUGAUUCGCGUAGAAAAAUCUGGAUAUAAAAUAUCUCGAGUCAGAGCAGAAAUUGGUCGUUAUUAUUCUCUAUCACAUGAGGUAGAUAAAUUCAAUGAAAUGAAUCCAAAUCGUUUCGACUUACUGAAAAAUGCAUCACAGCGUCUCGAAAGCGACGGACUAAAUAGGGUGAAAUACACUGUUGUCAAUUCGAAAUCUACAAGAAUAAUUGAAAAUGAUGGUUUGUGUAUAUGCUGGAUGAAUUAUCUUGACGCAACCACAGAAACUCAAACAAUUUUUUAG